UUUAAUGUUAUCGGCGGACUGCUUUGUAGAACCAAAACAUAUACUUUCACAUGAACCUUAGAACGAAUCGUUUGAGUGUUCAGCUGCUGUUCACCAACGAUAUUCUACUUAAUCAUCUAUGUAGAAAUAAACUGUGACAGAAGGUGAGGUUGUUAGUUUCUUUGGACGUUUUCAACAAAAACUGUGAUUAAAAACAUUAUAUAUUAUUUAAAACCAUGCCUUGUUGGGGGGUUUUUUACGUUCAGGGGGCAGGUUCGAAUUUGUCUGACGUCAUCGUGGCUACUGUAGGCGAGCCUUUAAACUAAUUGAAUCGCCGAACUCUUCUACUACUACUAAUACUCAGGCCGGUCUGGAAACAAGUGCUUUCAAGUGUUCGAAUACUAUUGUCAAAACGAUUUAGAUUUUUCAUCUUAACUCCUGUCGUCUGGAACCCGUAGCCCUGCUUUGUUCCUGAAUUGUCUGUCUGGUUGGAGAUACGCCUGUGAGAGAUGCCUGUAGAGCUGGUCUUCAGUAUACUUUUGAUCUGUCUGUUCACUCUGGGGUCCGUGAGUCACAGUGUUUCUGGUGAGAUGGAGACAGGCUGUAUGGAUUGGCGUACCCAUGACACUGUCGUCUGCUGUAACAAGUGCUUUCCAGGAAACCGUCUUGUGAAUACCUGUGGUCCUGACCCUAAAACGCUGUGUGUUCCCUGUAAAGAUGGGACCUACACAACAAACCCUAAAGCUGAUGCCUGUCUCUGGUGUACUCAGUGUGUAGGUGGCGCCCAGGUCCUUAAGAAGGCUUGUACACAAACCAAGGACACAGAGUGUGACUGUAAGAAAGGAUUCCGCUGUGGUGAUGUUGAAUGCUCCUUCUGUGUUGAGGAGUGUGGCAAGGGCCAGGAGCCCAAUCAAGCCCGGUCCUGCAGUAAUUGUACACAUGGGAACUUCAAUGACCAAAUCCAUGCAAAGUGCAGACCUUGGACCAAAAAGUGUCCCAAUCUUGGUGAAGAAAUUGUGUUUUCUGGAAAUUCAGUGAGUGACAUCCAGUGCCACCCUGCCAUUCCUAAACCUGAGGUGAUCACAUUACCUACAAAAGGGUCAGACUCUAAGGAUGACCGCGUGGUGGUUUUGGCUUUGACAACAUUUUGUGUCUUAUUCAUCAUCCUUGUCAUAUGUUUCCUGCUCAUCAUCAAACAUAAUUUGACAACUUCUAAACGGCCAGCUGUCAUUGAGAAAACCCUUGUUGAACCAACGCCUCCUACAGAUGAUCCCAGGACCCUUAUAGAUGUCAGUUUCCACCAACCACAACAGGAGCAGGGUAGCAGCUCUGAAAGCCUACACUCCCAGGACUCUGAGACCAAACUACUGAGCGUGUGAUCAACAGUGGGCCGUGUCUACAGAUCACUACCUCACAGUAGCACUCUGACAUCCGUAUUCAAGGCCUCGUUCCUGUACAGUUGGACUUGGCCUGACUGAUAAUGCUGGUCAGUGGCACUAAAACAGUGAGUGACUCAAGAAUCUUUCAGCAUUUGUGACUCUUCAAUACCUCAGCAAUUUUCUUAUCUUACAGACAUAUUUAAGUGUGAAUGUUGAGUUUCAUAUAAAACCUGACUUUUUGUUAGUAAGCACAUUCAUUACAAAUGCCAGUAGUAAACCAGCUGAGAAAUGUCAGUACUGACAGAGAAGCUUUUAGGAGGAACAUUGAUGUUUUCAAGAACAGCUACUGUAGCUAGACCAGUACUAGUAUUUACAUACUUUUGCAUGUCUGGGUUUUAUAAGCUCAGUUUUCCUGUUAAUAUCUGUCUAAAUGUAAAUGACCUAAAUGUGAUAAAAAUACAAGACUUGACAUUAGUACGUGCUGAAGUAUGAAUGGGCCAGUGGAUGUAUGAACAGCUGAGAAACCACAGACUGUUAGGUUUGUGGCAGCCCCCAGCCCUCCCACUGGCUCAUUAUAUUUGCGUAUUUCCUGUAAGACUAAACCCCAGCUGCCUACAGCUACUGAGCUAAAGUGAAAACCCCUAUUUAACAUAAUGUAACCUGAAGUAUGAACACAUUUAGAAACACAAAGUAGUCUUAGCACUUUCUUUAAAAUUACAUGAAUUCCAAUGAUACAGUACUGAAGUAGUUUUUCUGUGUGAGUGUCAGGAAGGCAGCUUGUUUUCAACUUCCAGAAAAUGAAGAGUCUGGAAUUUCCGUUUUACUGAAGGACAGGGAAUACUCUAGCAUAGGAUAUUCCUUUUAACUUAAGUUUGCUUAAGGUCAUGGGAGAAUUUAAAUAACUAAUACCAAUGUCAAUUGCGCUGAACUUACAAUGUAGAAAAUCCACAUUGAAAAAAAUGUGGCCUUACUUAAGCCAGCAUGCCAUGACAUUAGGUUACAGGUUCACUUGAUUUGCAAUCAUACUAUAAAACAUUUUUAUCGUCUAGCUUCAUCACAAGUACUUCCAGUAUGUUUGAAAGAGUUGAAGAAUAAGGCACGGGUCCUCUGAUGCACAUGUUGGCAAGCUGUUCAGCUUCUUAUUAUACCAUUUCACCAAGUAUUCAACUAGAACAUUAGCCAAGAGGAGAGCGCAUUCUCCUGCCAACUACCACGAUUGAGCUAACAGGUGCCUGUCCUGCCACAUAGAACCUCUAGUGCGCAACGAGUUGACACAAACCCGGGUAGGGCUAGUCUGAUGCCCCCCUGUGGACUGUCGGACUAUGAUUAAUAUAUACACCUGGGUCGCAAUAGUGCAUCUCUACUGUAAGGUGAUUUUAACACGGCACCAUUCAGGAGCCGUAAAUCCAGAACAAGUAGUGUUAUUUGUAAAUUAAGGGUUUCAAAAUAUUAGGUGUGUUUUCUCAUGAGUUAAUGACUGUGAUUAAAUGUUUCACAUCUGCUUGAGAUGUAAAGCUGUAUAUUAAAUGUAAUUUUAUAGUCCUGUCACUUGGAAAAUGUUACAGGUUCUUGACUGAAGUCUGUGGGUCUGGAAAACAAACUCCCUGCAGGAGCACCUGUACCCCUGUACAAACAUCCACCAGAUCUCUAAUGUAACAGUAACUACUCAUGAGUACAAUAAGGAAUAAUCACAUUGGAAUUUGGUUCACACACCAGUGUAUCUGUAUAUCUCUAGUGUGACAUGCGUAGCCCAUUGAAAUGGAACUUCACAGUUAUACUAAAGGCCUAUAUGGUGGAAAAUAUCAAGCCACAUACAUGGGGCGCAACUACAUACAGUAGUGAGUGUGAAUUAGUCACCGCCGCCACAGAAUACUGUCUGAUCGACCUUGAUGACAAGGCUUUUGGAAUCAGUCACAUAACAGAUGACAAACGCUUGUGAAGAUAGUAGAUUAAGGCAUACUGUUUUUGUGUUUUGUAUUACAUGUCUUUUCAAAGAGUUUGCUGAUAAGUAAUAUUUCUAAAACAUUUCCAUUAAA